CUGACUUGGAUGUCAACGCUGGAGCACUCACGUACAUAUCCUGUAAUAUGACAUUCCAAACACGCAGUCACCACCACGUGUUAGGCUAUCCAACGACUGGCCAAUGGGGCUUUAUUUCCUGUUUCACAGUGGCUUCUGAUUUAAGUUACUCCCACAAAAGUCAUGCACAGGAAAAAUCAAGCGCAUUUGCCACUUUGUCAAGAACAAUAGAUGGACUGUUCGUGUGCUUUGAGGCUUCCGAGGAGACUCGUUCAAAUAGGCACACGAAAUGUUCUAUUCUAAAAUCUAUUGGCAGAGAAAUUAUUAAGGACGUAACCUCUGGGACUUAUGCUGUUUUGAACUGGGGAUUUACUGCAAAUGACAAGCCGGUAAUCAUGUCUAUCUCGGAGGACGAUCUCACAUGCCCAAUAUGCUGUGACAUCUUCACGGACCCUGUUUUGCUGUCAUGUAGCCACAGCUUUUGCAGGAGCUGUCUGAAUCGCUGUUGGGAAACAGGGUUACGUGAGUGCUCAGUGUGCAGGAAGAAACCCUCCAAGGCCAAGCCUCCCUCCAAUUUGGCUCUCAGAAAUGUCUGUCAGGCCCUUCUGGAGGCCAGGAGGAGUUCGGCGCUGGACGAGAAGAUGAACUGCAAUCUGCACGGGGAGAAGUUGAAACUCUUCUGCCUGGAGGACAAACAGCCAAUCUGUCUGGUGUGCCAGACCUCCAAACUGCACAAGAGUCACGACUGCUCGCCGAUAGAUGAGGCGGUCCAGGACUGCAAGAAACAUUUUGAAGCUGACUUUGCUGACUUAGGCCUGCUUGAUUUCCAGGACGAGCUUGCUUUGUCCCUCAAGAACUUGCAAGUUAAAGAGGACAACCUCAAAAGAAUUCACAUGACCUCUACAUACAUGUCCAUGUACAUCAAGAGUCAAGCACUGGAAACACAGAGACGGAUCAAGGGCCACUUUGAGCAACUCCAUCAAGUCCUCUACCAAGAGGAGUCGGCCAGAAUAGCGGCUGUGAAGAAAGAGGAGGAAGAGAAGAUCGCAGGAAUAAAGGAUAUGGUUAAAGAACAAUCAGCAGAAGAGCAGUCAGUCACAGAGACCAUCUCAGCCAUACAGGAGCAGCUGGAAGAAGAUGAAAUUGUCUUAUUAAAGAAUUUUAAAGCCAUUCAGGACAGAGAAAGAAGCAUAGCCCCUGGUUCAGAAAACAUGUCUGGGUUACUGAUUGAUGUGGCCAAACAUCUCUGCAACCUCCAGUAUAACGUCUGGGAGAAAAUACUGGACCAUAUUGAUUACACUCCUGUGACUUUGGACCCAAAUACAGCACACCCCUGCCUCAUCCUGUCUGACAACCUCACUUCCCUCCGCUACUCCAAUCAGCAGAGCGGUUGCCCCGACAAUGCGGAGCGCUUCCACAUGAGCGCUGAAGUGGCAGGCGCGACCUCACUGGGCUCAGGAAGCCAUCACUGGGUUGUAGAGACAGGAAGUAAUCAGGACUGGCUCCUGGGCGCGGCCUCUUCUUCUGUCCCGAGGAACUCUGAGAUCUCCGCUCGCCCCGAGAACGGAUUCUGGACUCUGUGUUUCCGAAACGGGGAGUUCAGGGCAAUGACCUCGCCUCCCACCACACUUUCGGUCACAAGGGCACCCGAACAAAUCAAAGUGCAUCUGGAUUACGACAAAGGGACGGUGUCCUUCUUUGACCCUGCUGAUGACAUGCUUAUUUAUGCGUUUUCACACACGUUCACGGAAACUUUACUUCCAUAUUUUUAUACACAGAGCAGCCAUCCGUUAAGAAUAAUGCCAGAGAAGGUUCUUGUCACAGUGUUGCGUCAAUGAGUGGACCGAAGGUUUUAAAAAUUAUAGAGGAAAAUAUGAUACCAGUCUUAUUUGGAUGAAUACCAAAACAUUUUAUGUUGGGAUUGGUGCAUUUACUGGCUCUACUAUUCAUUUCUAUUAUAGAAGACAUGGAAGGUAUUAAUCAUCUAAGUGUGCAGACUGAGAGGUUUGAUUUUAGGCUGUAUUGAAUUGAUUUGAUUUCAAAACCUAUGCGCGUAUUUCACAAAAUGUAGAACAAUUCCUUUAAUGGCAAAAGUGAUGAUAAUGCUGAAUAUACAUUGCUCACUGGAGGAAGAGGAGAGAGCUCAUUUGUGUUUUAGGGUUGUUCAUAAGUGGGUUUUGGUUGGUUCAAGAGCUUUCUUUAUUUAAUGAUCUUUUGAAUUGUCAGCAACUCACAUCCAAAUCACUUAUACUGCUGUGCAGUUACGCACCAUGAACUUUAAAAAAAAUGCAGAUGACACACACAUCCCAUUAGUCGUACAUGAAGGGAUGGAUAGGUGCCCUAAAGAUUUGUUUUCAGCCAGUUGCACUGCAAGACAAUUAACGUUGCAGAAAAGCGUAGCUAAUUGGUACGUCCAUGUAUUAAAUAUGCUCUUGAAUUUACAUGCAUUUAGCCCAUAAAAUCUAUCAUGGGGUAUGGCAAUAGUGCUUGUUAAAAUAAUAUAGUGUUAUGUGCAAACCUCUUAAUAAUUAAAAAAUGGCUUCUGUUCAAGGCCUACGGACCUACAUACAGAUUAGAAUGUAUUAGAGAGGCAGAGAGCCUUCACAUCUUCCGACGCAAACUAAAGACACAUCUCUUUGGACUCUACCUCGACUAAAAGACUAACAAAUUGUAGCACUUAAAUUGUACUUGGAACUUGUUAUCUCUAUAGCCACUUAUCGCUAUAGCAAAUUGUAAAAUUGGCUUAUUUGAGGAAAUUGCACUUUCUUGUUUCUUGCUCCUCUGAGUUUGUAUCCCAUAUGGAUGAAUGUACUUAUUGUAAGUCGCUUUCGAUAAAAGCGUCAGCUAAGUGACAUGUAAUGUAAUGUAAUAUUGGGUAAAUUCAUCUCAAAUGUUGCUGAUAUAACAGAAUAGUGGUUUCUGGAAGAGGUUAAGACAAUUUAAGAGGUAAUAGUAAUUUAGUUGACAUUUAGUGUUUAAACUAGGAUGUACGAUUCAAAGCUUCACACAGCCACAUUUUAUUACAAAUAUUGAUCAAGCCAUAGUCUGGUUUAUAUUUAUUGUGUAACUACCAUAGUUGGGCCAAUGAUACUGUAUAGCUCAGUGUUUUUCUGUGUUGUACACACGAUGGCGCCAAAGCCAAACAAGAAUUGUAAAGGAAGGUUUUUAUUAGACCACUUUGAAAACAUCAAAACCAAAUACCGUUUGUACAAAUGAAUCUCCAUGAACAUCAUCUGUUCAUGAAGAUAUUGAAUUAAAAUGGGGAUUUUUCACUCGUUGACUUUU